UUGCUCGGCUGCUGCAGCAUCACUCGGAGCAGCGCGUCGGUGCAGUGAGGAGUCCAGCUCUAACUCUCUCUCUCUCUCUCAGCUGAUACAACAAACCAGAAAAAUUCCGCUGGACUUCACCUCAAGAUCUGUCUCUCUAAAAAAAAAAGGGACCAAGAAAGAUCAGAUUCUACCUGCAACCGAGGAGGAGAAAGACUUUUAAAUCCUUUUCGUUAUUUCCCAACCACGAAGGGGAAUGCCAUCGAUAAAUAUGAAACUGGAGAUGGUGACCAUCAUCGCCUGCGAGGUAGACAUCGAAGUGUUUACGUCAGACAAAAUGCAGGAGAGGUUCGAGGCGUUGUUUAGGAUCUACGAUGAGCAGACAACUUUCCAAAUGUUCAAAAGCUUCCGAAGAGUCCGGAUCAACUUCGGCACCCCGGAGGCGGCCGCCCGCGCUCGCAUCGAGCUGCACGAGUCCGAGUUCAACGGCACCAAGCUCAAACUCUACUUCGCCCAGAUCCAGAACGGGGACGAGGACAUCGACAAGGCGUACCUGGCCCCGCCUCAGCCUGUCAAACAGUUCCUGAUCUCACCGCCUGCAUCACCACCUGUGGGCUGGAGCCAGCGCGAAGACGCUACGCCCGUCAUCAACUACGACCUCCUGUGUGCAGUCGCCAAGCUAGGACCUGGUGAAAAGUACGAGCUCCACGCGGGCACAGAGUCCACCCCCAGCGUGGUCGUCCACGUGUGCGAGAGCGAGACGGAGGAGGACGAGGCGGCGCGGCCAAAGCAGCAGAUCGUCCAGACCAGACGUCCAGACGGACCCCCGAAAGUCUUAAACUAGAGAGGCCUCCCCCACGACAUCGGCGCGGCCCCCAGUCCGCCCCUUAUUAAAACCCUGCGACACACCUGCCCUCUCUCUCUUGUCUCUGCACUCACAGAGAGCGUUGACGCCCCUCAUUUCAGUUCAACUACAAAAGCAAAAAACAAAAAAACCAACAAACAUUGCUCAAAGACGGUGUUUGUGGGGAACGUGGCGAUGGAAUGAGGUGGCUUGAAAGGGGAUGGAUGAGAAUCACACACACACUCAUCACAUUCUGCGGACAGCGUGGGGGAGCGGCAGCCAAUGUUUGCCUCCCAACGCCCCCACCAACCCCCCUUUUUCAGCAAAGAGGGGCCGGGGAAAAAACCUGUCCCAACGCAGGCACCUGUCACUUUUUUCACACACACUCAGCUCUCAUUGCUCGUCAGAAGUUUCACUCGUUAGUUAGCUUGUUAGCUUGUUAGCUUGUUAGCUUGAACCUCUCCUUUUGUCUCACUGUUGUUUAUCCUCUUCAGUUGAGGUACAUGCCAGACCUCUACACAGAGACAUUUUAUUCUUUCUUUUUUUUUGUUUUUUUUACAUUUUCAGACGACUUUUACAAAUAUUUAUUGGUUUUAUUUCAUUCAUUUUCAUAUCUGCCGGUCUGUCGCUUCAGCUCGCAUCAAGAUUGAGUGUGUGAUGUUUCCGCUCCUGUCUGCAUGUAUAUACUGUAUAACUAAAAACACAUACAGAAACACAAAUACUAACAAGAUAUAUCCAGAAAAAAAGGAACUUAUUUAACAUGACACACAGCACGAAGCGCCAUAUGUGACUAACAAAAGUUGUGGUGGUUUUUUUCUGACUUUUAUUUUAUUUUUUUCUUGGCUUGUUUUUUGAUUUUGUCUUUUCAUUUGGAGAGGUGUCGUUUUUUCGCUGAACUACUUCGAUGUGUAUUCUUACAAUGUAUUUGUUACCCAGAUACUUUUGCAUGCCUAGUUACUUCUGUAGAUGAGGAGCUGAGGUGUAUUUUUUAAUCGUUGUUUGUGUCGACGAGGAGGUGGUGUGACAAAAUUUCAAAAGGGGAAGGAGUGCAUAUCCCCCCUGUGCAGAGUUUCAAGUGACGUCUUAGGUGGACGAAGAAAAAAAAAAUCUGAAAAGAGACGGUUCAGUAUUCAACGAGAUGGAAAAUCCGCGUUUGUCACCUUCGAUGGGAUUUGACGAAUCAGAGACAGUUCAUCCCCGCCGUUUUCUUCAAGGGGUUUGAAAAGCUGAUUUCCUGUUCACUCACAUCUCUCAUGUCUUAUUAUGUUUGAUGAAACUCACCUUCCUGUGUCAGGUAUUCUUCUGGAAACCUUUCACCAAUUUUUUUUUCUUUCUUUUUUUUGCACUGACUAUCUCCAAGCAAACACGGGGGACUUCUUCUCGCGUCUCCGUCAAAGAAUACCGCGCUGCUUCUCGCUGUAAAUAGCCCAGCGAUAGAUUUGUGGAAAUAGUCGAUUUUUUGCUGAGAAAAAAGGGAAAAAUGAAAAAGCCUCAUGCGACACCAACCAAAGCAUCCACUCACCUCACACCGUCAUCAUGACUUUCACUUUCUAAACUGAUUUAUUCAGUUUCAAAAAACAGAAAGAAAUCAUUCCACAUAUUUUAUAUUCUUUUGAGCCGUUCUAAAUCAGAUGAAACUCUUUUACAAAUAUCCAUAAACUCCCAAAUACUUUUCAGUUCAUCCUCCCACAAAGUCCCGCAUCAUAUCAGUGCUUUCCCUCCGAUAUUUGAACGCUUUACAAGCAGCAAGCAAAUGUUCCUAACAGGGCUGUUUGGACGUCAGCAGUGAGUCUGAAUCGUAUCCGACAUGAGGCAGCAUGAAAAUCGAACAUGACUUUUACAUUUCUGCUUUAUAUAAUUAUCGAGCAAAAAGAGAAGUCUGUCUGCAUGUGAGCACUUUAAUGUUUUGUUUCCUUCACACAAAAACUAAAAAAGUAGGAAGCACAUUUCAUUUCUUCUGUUUCUUUCUUGUGUUGUUGUUUUUUUUUUUUUAUCUUAAGCCAAUCACCUGGUUAGCCUUUUUCACCAGCAUAUUGCAGUGAGAGAAAAAUAAAAAAAUGCUCCACUUCCUUUUUGCUUGUGUGAACUGUGGAGAAUUUCAGGCCUUGUUUUUUUUUUUUUUGAUCAAAAGGGAGCGAAGCGCUGUAAAUGCAUGGACACCCGACGGGCUUUUAAAACAAGGCGGGGUGACACUCUACAAAAGAAAAUCAGUGUCUUUGUUUUCAUGUUCAUGUUAUCUCCUUGAGAACGUACUCCUUUUGAAAAGCGUUGCGAUGGCUGAGUGCAGUUUUAUUUUGCACCCGAGUGGAAGCCGCCGCGUUUAUCCGAGCUGACGGCUGAUUGGACGAACUCCGACGAUAACAGAGGAAGAUUUUUGUACUCUCUGUGGUCAUGGUGUUUUAAACUGGGUGGUCACAGUUGAAAUUGAAGAUGUAUAUUUAUGUACAUAUGCCAAGUGUUUUUCUUUGUUUUUUUUGUUUUGUCGUUGCUGAGGCCAGUCCCAGUGUGCAGUUUGUUACGGCUUCUCUUGGCAAUGAUGUGAUGGGGGGAAAAAAAACAAAAGAAAACUAAGAAAAAAAAA